AUGUCAAAACUGCAAAAUGGCGUUGUGCGUACAAGUUUAGUGUGUUAAUUUUUUCCAGUUUUCAGAUGAUUUUCCGUUUGAAUCGAAUUAAAUGGCCACGUCUUCAUUUUAGGACAGUUACGUUAUAGUGCACUGACGACGCCAGGGCAUUGAAUCUCACUAAAGAUGUCGGACCAGGGGGAUGUGCUGCAGCCUAGCAGCCCCGCCGAAAAGGACAGGGCGCCAUCGAGGGUGCCGUUGUCCGAGGCCGAGAUGACCAGUCUGACCUCUGCGGAGUGGGUGAACCGCUGGAGGCAGCAGGAAUCGUUCGUGACGUCUCUCGAACGCAAACUGGCCCAACAGGAAGGCGAACUGACGGAUCUACGCCAGGCCAACGACAGAAUGAGGCUGCAGCUAACUGAUUCUCAGCAACGUGAGAAAGUGCUGGUCCGCAGGCUCACGGCCAAGGAACAGGAGACUCAAGAUUAUGUGUGUCAACUGAACGAACUGAAAAGCGCUCAGGCACCAACCGCAUCGAGUUUAAGAUCCGCACUGUUGGAUCCGGCAGUGAACAGUUUGUUGCAACAGAUGAGGACAGAAUUGCAAGCCACCAGGCUAAAAUUGGAGGACACACAAAACGAAUUGGCCGCGUGGAAAUUCACGCCCGACAGUAACACCGGCAAACGGCUCAUGGCCAAGUGCCGACUCCUGUACCAGGAGAACGAGGAGCUGGGUAAGGUGACCAGUUCUGGACGGAUAGCGAAGCUGGAAAGCGAUCUCGCGCUGCAGAAGAGCUUCUCGGAGGAAGUGAGGCAGUCGCAGAACGAGUUGGACAGUUUUCUUGCCGAUCUGGAUGAGGAUGUGGAGGGCAUGCAGAGCACCAUACUGUUCCUGCAGCAGGAGCUGAAAAAGGCGAAGGAUGCGACUCAGUCGUUGCAGAAGGAGAACAGUGCCCUGAAGACGGCGAAUGGGACGGCGGCUAGUAAUGGACCGCCGAGGGCCAAUGGUGACAGUGCGGUGUGUGAACAGCAGCAACGGACCGGCGAUUCGGACUCGGAGGGCGAGCGGACUCGUGUGAAGCGCGUCAGGCGGUCGUCGGUUCUUAGUAUCGACUAUAACGAAGACGAUACGCUGGUAAUCAACACGAACGGCGACGUAGCCAUGUCCUCGGACCCGGAAUAGUGGCGGUUUUACCCUUAUCGCUUGAUCGGAUAGUGUGCGAUCGUCUCUCUCUAUCUCUAUUCUUAAUUCAUCUCUUUAUCUUUACAUUUGUAUCGGAUUGACAACUCUUAUUUGGAUUGUUACGUGUACUUUCCUAAUUACCAUGCUGCAUAUAUGUAUGGUUUUGUCCAGUAAUUAUGGUAUUUUUGAAUUCGUUAUUACAGGAGCCUAAAUGUAACUUGUCGAAUACCAUUUAGAGAGAAUAUCCUCAUUUUAUAUAAAAUAUUCUGUAAAUAGAUAGUUAUUGAAUCACAAAAUGAAGGUAUCGUUGAUUUUUAAAUAUAUUCUAUACGUUGUAGAGUUAAACUAUAUCAAAAACCCUCGACAAAUUGCAUUAGGUCACUGUAAUUGAAAUUUUCUGUGAUUUUUAUGCCAUUAUUUUGAAGAUUUACAAAAAUAGAGAGAGACUCAAUUGAUGAUAGUGAGUGAUGGCCACACAAAAAAUAAACUGGUAUGAAAAAUUUAUCACUAAAAAAUAAACUGAUGAACAGUAUAUGAAAAAUUGUACAUAAAAUUUAGCCGUUUGUGGUUUGUUCAAGAAAACUUUUGUGCUAUACUAUUUUAGGCCAUACCAGUGAAGUUGAUCACAGAGGAUGUGUUUCUCACAGCGUUUUAGUAUCUUUUUACUAUAAAUUGAAUUAUGUUGUUAUUUAAAAUAAUUAACCAUGAUCUACAGUUUUAUAUUGUUAAUUUCUUGUAACCAUUUUUAAGCAAUUAUGUACAGAGUCUCAGAAUAAAAUGUGAAGUUUAUUAAUUAUUAUUAGGGUUUUUAUGUAUGAAGAUAAUGUAUAUAAUUUUUAAAUUCACUUUUUGUUCUGAAUAUUGUCAAUUACAAUUAAUAAUAUUUUAUAAAAUUUGUACAAAAUAAUUAAAUUAUUUUCCAAUUUUUAAUAUUGAAAAUAUACUGAAUUUAUAAUAUUUUGAAAUGUUAUGUUGAGUUUGGUUAAUUAUUAUAUUAUCCUUAAUAAAACGUCCAGGCAAAUAUAUCGAAUUUUUUAAACGUGAGAGAUGGAUUUCCCAAAAGAGUAUCUUAAGGACAAUUGUGUAUAGAACAAAAGUACUAGGAUUGUUGAUUUCAUACUCAAACAAUUUCCUGUAUAGUCUGGUACAGGUUCUAUAGCUGCAGAGCAGCAUUUCAAACAUUGAGACAACGUUAUGGAAUAAAUAAAGCAGUUCUGCUGUAUUAUUCCGUCACAAUGGCGACAUUACUUCUUUUGUAUAAAAUUUUUUAGUUGUUAAACUUCAAAGUCACAUUGUUUUAAAAAGCUGUAUAAUUUUUUAACGUUUUUAUGUUGAAAUUGUAUAAAUCAUACAAAACAUAAUAUAUAAUGAGCGAUUUAAA